UCCUGAUUCGAUACAUUCAUUGAAUCCAUCUGCCUACCACCUUAAUCAUCUAACUCUAACAACCCACUUCAGGAACCGAACCAUUGCAUGCGAUCGUUUUCCUCCAAGUUCAAAACCGUCUACGAUCGGUCUGCUUUCUAUAAGUUCUAGAACUCUUUGCAUUCAACAUCUAGAUCUUUAUCGCGUUAUUCUGUUCCAAUAGACACUCAUAGCGAAAUGGCCGACUCGAAUGCUCCUAAACCGAGCAGCAGUGUCAAGCUGGUACUGCUUGGCGAGGCAGCUGUAGGAAAGUCUUCUCUUGUCUUGCGAUUCGUAAACAACGACUUUCAGGAGAACAAGGAACCCACCAUUGGUGCCGCCUUCUUGACACAGAAAUGUAACUUGCCUACGAGGACGAUCAAAUUCGAGAUCUGGGAUACUGCAGGCCAGGAGCGCUUUGCUUCAUUAGCGCCCAUGUAUUACCGAAAUGCCCAAGCCGCACUCGUCGUUUACGAUCUCACCAAGCCGACAUCCCUCAUCAAGGCUAAGCACUGGGUAGCGGAAUUGCAAAGACAAGCAUCACCCGGCAUCGUUAUUGCUCUUGUCGGAAACAAGCUCGAUCUUACUAGUGAUGGCGAAUCCGGUCAAGCCGACAGCGAAGCAGCGGAUGGAGAAGAGUCCGGAGACGCCCGGAAGAUUUCUAUAGAGGAAGCAAAGACGUAUGCUGAAGAGGAGAACCUGUUAUUCUUCGAGACCAGUGCGAAAACCGGUUACAAUGUUACGGAGGUCUUCACCGCAAUUGCGAACGCUAUCCCCGAGACAUCAUUGAAGAGCACGAGAGGCCCUGGUGCCUCUAGUGCGGCGAACCGAGGCGGUGAGGAGCAGAGAGUGAAUUUGAACGGACCUCGAGAAGCAGCAAAGGAAGGAUGCGCGUGCUGAUUAUGCUAAUUGUACGAAGAGGAGGGCGCAGAAAGACCAGGACGGAGGAGUGUAGAUGAAUGAGGAUGAGGUUUUCCAUCACUUAUGGUCAUGACUACAUUUUACCUUGUAAUAUGGAGCGUUUGGGAUUUGGUAUCUGGGCUGCUGUUUCCGAAGAGUGAAUUACCUAUCUAUUUUAAACCUUUACAUGCAAUCCGGUACGACUCUUGAAGCAAACUAGUUGCUUUGUGACAAAUGAAAUGAGUGUAGAGUGACACGCGAGUCGGCUGUAACCCUUCCUG